AUGCCUAGCAACGACAUGGAUAUGACGCAUGCUGAAAUUUGGGACGAUUCUGCCCUCAUAGACUCUUGGAAUGAGGCUCUGAACGAGUACAAGAAGUAUCACAGCAUCCACGCGAAGGGAGGCAGACUCGAAGAUGUCGAUCUUCAGGAGACCUCCGAAUCCCAGACCCAUAAGACCGGCGACUCAGAAACGAAAGCGGUCGAUCAGGCUGAGAUCGUGGACGACAGAGAGGUAGCCCACGAAACGAAAGGGGCGGGCGGCAGCACGGAUGUUCAGUCCAAAGUUGGCGCGCCCAUCGCAAAGCCUAUCUCGGGCAGCAGCGGCAGCGUCCCAAGUCCUGCGACAAUGGGCCCGCAAGGUCUACUUGGCUCAGUGCAAGACGAAGGACUGAAGAGACUACUGAUGUCUUGGUACUACGCCGGAUACUACACUGGCCUUUACGAAGGCCAGCAGCAGCAACAGCAGCAGACACAAGAGCCGCGACAAUGA